AGGUCAAAAAGUGUAAACAAAUUUUGUAUGGAGUUAAAAGUUGAACUUAAAUUUAAAUAAAUAAUGGCAAAAUAUCUAGGUUUAGAUAAAAUAGCUAGAAUUUUCAGCAUCAUAAAGCACAAUGGAGGUGUAUUGAAUUCGCUGCGUACUGCUUAUCGAACUGACGAGCUGAAAAUUGGAACACUUGUGGGUGUUGACAAGUUUGGAAACAAAUAUUAUGAGAAUAAAAUGUACUUUUAUUCUCGAAACCGUUGGGUGGAUUAUACAGAAGCUGUGAAUUUGGAUUAUGAUGGUAGUCAAGUCCCUGCUGAAUGGCACCGCUGGUUACAUUACAUGACUGAUGAUCCACCUACUAUAAAGAAACCUGUUGAACAUAAAUGGUUGAUGGACCAUACUGCAAAUAUGUCUGGCACAAAUAAAGCAUACAUGCCAUAUUCAACUACACAACCAAAGGUUCAAGCAUGGGUUCCACCAAAAUAAAUGUGAUAAGCUUGUUUUGUUUGUAUUUUAUUGGCAGUCUCUGUCAUUUAGAACAGAUUAUAAAAAUGAAUUAACAUUUAUGUAUAAAUACUGUAUGAUAAAGAAAAAAUGUUUUGGAACAUGAAAUGUUUUUA